GCGGGGCUUUGCAUAUCUCCUGCCGUAUCUGUGUGUGUCUGUCACUGUUACUGUAGUCCCAGCCUAUAGUUUGGAAUAGAUAUGGAAGGAGACGGGAGUCAAGCCACAUCCGGAAGCCUAAAUGAUUCACAACAUGACCCGGGUAAAAUGUUUAUCGGUGGCCUCAGCUGGCAAACCUCACCAGACAGCCUUAGAGACUAUUUUAGUAAAUUCGGAGAAAUAAGAGAAUGUAUGGUGAUGAGAGACCCCACGACAAAGCGCUCAAGAGGAUUUGGGUUUGUUACGUUUACAGAUGCUGCCAGUGUAGAUAAAGUCUUAGCUCAACAACACCAUGAAUUAGACUCAAAGACGAUUGAUCCUAAGGUUGCCUUUCCUCGUCGCGCCCAGCCUAAGAUGGUCACAAGAACAAAGAAAAUAUUUGUGGGUGGCUUGUCAGCCAAUACGGUAGUGGAAGACGUGAAGCAGUAUUUUGAACAGUUUGGGAAGGUUGAUGAUGCCAUGCUUAUGUUUGAUAAGACGACUAACAGACAUAGAGGAUUUGGUUUCAUAACUUUUGAGAGCGAAGACAUCGUAGAGAAAGUCUGUGAAAUUCAUUUUCAUGAAAUCAAUAACAAAAUGGUAGAAUGUAAGAAGGCCCAGCCCAAGGAGGUGAUGUUCCCGCCAGGUACACGAGGGCGAGCCAGGGGUCUGCCCUACACCAUGGAUGCCUUCAUGCUGGGGAUGGGCAUGCUGAGUUACCCUAAUAUUGUGGCAACGUACGGCCGCGGAUACACUGGAUUCGCACCAAGCUACAGCUACCAGUUCCCUGGCUUCCCAGCGACAGCAUACGGACCGGUGGCGGCAGCAGCAGUAGCAGCAGCGCGUGGCUCAGGUAGGGGGGCCCGUGGAAGAGGCGGCUACUUGGCGUACCCACAGAGCACAGGGCCAGGCCUCCCCGAUUAUGGGUUUUACUCUGCGCCCAGUGACCAGAGGGGGGGGCCCUGCUCCUUUGCUGACUAUGGCUCCCUGGGGCCCCAAGCGGCUCAGAUGCUGCACAGUGAGCAUGCCACCUCCGCCUGCAACUCCCCCCUCCAGCACCUACACAGCCCGGAUCAAUUUAAGAACCCAGGCACCAACCCUUCAAGGCCCGGAGGUUUCCCAGGUGCUAACAGUCCAGGGCCUGUGGCUGACCUGUACGGACCUAGCAGCCAGGAUUCAGCUGUGGGCAACUACAUCAGUGCUGCUAGCCCUCAGCCUGGCUCUGGGUUUGGCCCCAGCAUCACAGGCCCGUUGAUUGCGACAGCUUUUACAAAUGGAUACCAUUGAGCAGGUGGCCGGUUGCCAUCUCAUCAGAGCAGAGUAUAUCUGGUGGCCCAGGAAAGACAGGACGAAGUUUCUAAUUGGCUUUGUGUGCAGGUGAUGCUAUCCAACUUCAAGCACUACAGCGUCACCCAGGCAAAAACAACGAAAAGUCGGAACCAUAUGAAGAAGAAAAGAAAACGUUAGUCAUCUCAGAAAAAUAACAACUGCUGUACUAUAUCCCAAACCUCCUAUAACUUUACAACCUGGUUUGGUAUGAUGUUUCACGUCGAUUUCAUCCACCUAUUUCCUUCCUCUGUUAGCUUUUACUUUUUCUUUUUCUUUUUUUUUUGUUCUGAUUAGUUUUUAGGAAACUUAUUUUAGUUCAACCUUGAUUUUUUUUUGGUGUUGCUUUUAUUUUAUCUUCUAGUAUAUUUGUGUAAAUGGAUUUUGUUUGAACUUAAAGUACGGGGGGUCAUAGCCAAGAAUAUCUGCAAGUCAUGUCUUCAUCUUUGUAUCGGUUAGUGUAAAGGAAAAGCGGAUUGGAUGUUGCAUUUCAGUCUUUCCACUUAAAAAAAAAACAAAGGAAGCUCAGUGUGGAAAGACUCGCAGAAAAAAAAAAUCAAGUUUAAGGAAAAAUUUAAGAGGGUAUCUAAGUAAUAAAUCUUAGUAGCUGUUUUAUUUCUUGUGAUGUCUCAUUGUUAACCAUAAUUACCUAUUUUUGGGCAAUACAAAGAGGACUCCAAUAUUUUUAUGGUCCUUUUUUAUAAGUGUUGUUUUUGUUGUUUAGAAAUAUAUAUAUAUGCUAUAACAAAUUUCAUAUAACUACAUUGUGAAUUCAAACUUGAGAAAAAGAAAUGUAGCUGUACAUAUUAUUCCAGUCACUGCAUAUAACCAACUCAGUGAGAGAAUAGCAUAUUUUUGUGAUGGUGUGUCAAAGAAACAUGUUAUAGCGUGUGAAUAGAAGAAAAAGCUGUAAACACUUAUUAUUCUACUUUUCUGCUGGAAGACGGUAACGACCCCGGAGACAAACAGAACACACUUGCUCUGUAAAUACCGAAGCUGAAUAAUUUUACAAGUGUCAUACCAGCAAAUUUACAACCAGUGAGUUAAAUCAACACAGUUUUAACAAAUAAUAAUAAUAAUUUAAAAAAAAAAAAAAAAAAAAAAAAAGAUCCUGAUUGGUAUCUUUUUGUCUAACUGUUAAGAUAUCAGUAUCAUUUCAAAGAGAGAGUGAAAAAAAAAAAGAUGAUUUAAUCCAAAGCACACUGUACUUAGAUGUGAAGAUUAGAACUUGAACCAGGCAUUUUACAGUGCUCUGUGCAUCCUGACACUUUUAUACUCCUGAGAGGAUCUUGUUAGUCGUAUGUUACUGUUGGUUACAUCCUGCUUGUUCCUGAUUCAUUUUUGGAACACGAAUAUCUUGGGCUCUGUGCGAGAGCCUUUUAUGUAAAACGCUCGUUCUCUGAAUCAGUUCUUUUUUGAAUGAAUUAGGAAAGUAAACAUUUUGAUACCAUACCUCAGCCUUGUGAGUUCUACCGUGGAAAUCAUUGGCAGGUUUUAAUUUAUUUCUAGUGGCAAAAUAAAUGAAAACACUGAAAGGUAAUAAAGCGAGUAAUCAUUGCACUGUGAGUAGUAAAGUACAGGCCAUUUCCUAUUUGCACAUGUAUAUGUUGGCUUUUUAAAAAAAAACAAAAAAAACGGCCCUGUGCUUUGGGAUAGUAUGAAGGAUUUUUUGGGGUUAAUGUAUUCUAAACUAGACAAACGCUUCAAAAUUGUGAGGUGAGUUAACAGCUUGGGAAAUAGUAACUGACAUGUCGCAGUGUACUGAGGCAACACCUUUGGAUUUCUUUAUAUAUUAGACCCAUGACUCAUCUAAAGGUAUUUAUACAGGGUCAAAAGAUGACACUGAAUUAUUCACUAUUUGUCGCUGCACCAGGUUUUACACAGUAUGUGUGGUUAAUGAUUUCACUCAUGACAAACAUUUAAUAAUAAUGAUGAUAAUAAUAAUAAUAAUAAUAAUAGUGCUCCAGAGUGCAGUCCGGUUUUUAAAGUCACUGAUGGAAUGAAUGGUGUGUCUUCUGAAAUACUUUACCUGCUGCAGAUGUAUUUGUUGUUUUUCAUUUUACCCAGUUCUUGUCUCAUUACUUUUCAUUUCAAAACAACCAGGUAAAGAAAUAUGCUGGAUACUUUUAAAGUAAAUGACAUGGAGGUGUGAUCAAGUAAUAAUUUAAAGAGUAAAGAGAAAAAAAAAUACCCUUGUAAUGUUCAAAUGUAAAAGAAAAUAAGAAAUACAAAACUAUAAAAAAAAAAGAAAGAUGCUUCUUUGCUGAUUUCAAGUUUAAUCAGAGUUUUAUUGAUACUUUGUGGUUUAUAUAUUAAUAAUUGUAAUAUACUAUUAAAAUGUACUGUGCA